CAUCAAUAUCCAACAAAAUAAAAAAUGGGAACUCCCACAUUUCUCUCCACUCUUCUCCUAUUCAUCGUCCUCAUCAACACGACCACGGCUACUUCUUCUUCUAGCCAAACCUACAAAACCUACGUCAAAACAGCCUGCAACUCCACCACGUACCCAGAAAUCUGCUACAAGGCUCUCUCCUCCUACGCCACAUCCGUCAAAUCAAACCCUCAGAAGCUCUGCAACUAUGCCCUCUCCGUAACCCUAAAAGCCGCGAAAAAAGCCUCUUCCACGGUGUCGAAGCUGCCCAAGAAGAAAGGAUUGACGAAAGCAGAGGCCGGGGUAGUGGAGGAUUGCAUAGAGAACAUUGAGGAUUCCGUCGACGAGCUCAAACAGGCGGUGACUGCCAUGAAAAAUUUGGGAGAUGUGGAUGUCCAACUUCAUUUGGAUGACAUAAAGACUUGGGUUAGCGCUUCGCUGACGGAUGAGGACACCUGUACGGAUGGAUUCGAUGAGCAGAAGGUAAGUGCGGCGGUGAAGAACACCAUUAAUAAGAGCAUUCUCACUGUUGCUAGAUUGGCUAGCAAUGCUUUAUCUCUCAUCAACAACCUCAGUUACUAGCUAGUGCAGUUAACGUACCCUUGUGCUCUCUUCAUCCCCAUUUUCUGUUCUUUUUUAUGUGUGUGUUGGCUGGUAUAUUAUAGAUGUUUAUAGUCCGAUCUUAUAUAGACGUUUUAAUUAAUUUUC